AUGACGAUGCCUGAGUUUUCUCAGUGGCCUGGGUACUCUGAUCCAACUUUCAUAAUGCUCGAUAUAAGAGAAUACUGUAAGAGCUUCUCUACGCUAAAGGUCAUGGGUUGCUACACUGAACACUUUGCAGCAACUGCUCUACUUGUGUUUCGUGGGUUGAAGGUCUUAAGCUUGCGGUGUUGCAAGACAACCUUUCAAGCUAUUUUGUCCAUAGUAGGUAUGAGACAUCUUGAGGAACUAGAAAGUCCUAUUCAUGAUAAGAAGAUUUCAGACAUGAAUUCUCUUGUACAAAUAUUGGAGCUUCCUUUAAAGAAUCAUAGAGCGCUUCUAAUUGUGGCUGACGAUCUAGAAAGUGAUGCUCUAGCCAUGUUGCUACUGAAUAAGCAUUGUGCUGGUAUCAAGGUACAUUCCGCUCUUGUUUUUGGUGAAAAUAGAAGAGCAAAUUUGGAGGAUCUUGCCAUACUUACAGGAGGCGAGGAUAUCACUGAAGAUGGUGACAUGAAUCUUGAGACAGUCAAAGUGGAAAUGCUUAGUACCGUUAAAAAGGUAACUGUCUCUCUUGAUGAUGCUAUUAUUCUACAUGGUGGUGCUGACAAGAAGCUACUUGAAGAAAGGUUUGAACAUCUUACAUCAACUAUGGAGAAAAGCACGACAAUGUUUGACAAAGAAAAAGCACAAGAAUGGUUAUCAAAACUUUCUGGAGGUGUUGCUGUCCUUGGAAUUGGUGGAGCAAGUGAAGCUGAAGUUAGUGAGAAGAAAGACAGGGUUACAGAUGCUCUAAAUGCUGCAAGAGCAGCUGUCGAAGAGGGAAUUUUGCCGGGUGGUGGAGUUUCCCUCUUGUAUGCCACAAAGGAGCUUGAUAAGAUUCAAACCUCCAAUAGUGAUGAGAAUAUAGGAGUUCAGAUCAUUAAGAAUGCCCUAAAGGCACCUACUUUAACUAUUGCCGGGAAUGCUGGUGUCGAUGGUGCAGUAGUUGUUGGCAAACUGCUUGAACAAGAGAAUCUUAAUUUGGGCUACGAUGCUGCUAAAGGAGAGUACGUUGACAUGGUAGAGGCUGGAAUAAUCGAUCCCUUGAAAGUUGUUAGAACUGCUUUGGUAGAUGCUGCCAGUGUUUCUGUCUUGUUGACAACCACUGAAGCAGCAGUGAGUUUUGUUUCGGUUGUAUUUGGCCCAUCCAUUUGCCGUUAUCAACUCACUGCCGUUGCAUCGAGUGUCAAGAAACCACGAGUUUCUGUUGCGUUGUGA